CGAAAUUGGAACGUUUUGGCUGGAUCUUGGGUCUGGUGACCCCAAUUUUUGGUUGCAGCUGCUGUGUGUGACUGCGGUGGCCACGGUUUGUCAGGAGCUUCGUUUCGUAUAAGACGGUUCGUGAGCCGAGCUCUUUUUUUCGUUUGGUGUUCUCUGCUAUUACAGCACUCACAUACCUGCCUCCUAUAAUACUACUGCUAUUCAUUGCUCCUAAACUGCGCAGACUUGAUUCAUCGAUCCUACAAGACGCAUUGAAGCUCAAUUCAAACACCUGCACAUACCUACCCACCUAUACAAACCAUCCACGCCACAGACUGAAUCCAACAUCCUACGAGAUUCACCACCUGCAAACCACCUACCACAAAUCACCUAUAAUCAACACCAAAACCCCGCCAUCAUGCCCUCCAGCUACAUCUUCACCGAGUCCGCCCCCUCACAGGCCACCUUCUACCGCUCAGGCCGUGGCGGCGCCGGCAACACAUUCCGCACCUCAGCCGCCGCAUCCUCGCCCUCGCCCGCCUCAACCACCUUCACCCCCCGCCAGCUGCCCAACCAGCGCUUCUUCUCGGGCAUCGGCGGCGCCGGCAACGUCCACCAGGCCGACGAGCUGCAGCCCGCCAUCCUGCGCUCGCUCGAGACGCCCGCCGACCACAACCCGUCCGUGGGCUACGUCGGUCGUGGUGGCGCGGGCAACGUCUACCGCCGCAAGACGAGCGAUGCGGCCAGCACGUCGAGCGCCGACAGCAGCUCCAGCUCGAUGAGCGACAAGGCCAAGCUGUGGGCGACGAGAGUGGCCAGCUCGCUUGGACGAAAGUAGAAAAAAAAAAGAGACAGGAUUUCUUUUUUUUUUUUUUUUUUGUUGUG